AUGACUGUUUACAAACUUAAAGAUUUGAAAUAUAAUUGUACUGUACUAACAGGAAAAAAUAACGACAGUAAUGAUACAAUUCGAUACAAUCCCUUUGAUCUAAUUAGUAACCCCAUAAUUAAUACCCAUAAAUCUAAGGUAUUUGGAAAUUAUACCUUGAAUAUAAACAACCGAUUUAACAGUAAUAGUAAAACUGUAUUGCUAAGUGAUGGCUUGAACAUUGAGCAUAACAGAACAAGCAACAAUAAUAAUGCUUUUAUUAAAUACGAUAAAGAAAAUCAAACAAAUACCACCACGUUUACUAAUAAUACUAACCAAGUUUUAUUGACCGGAUACUUACAACUAAAUUUUAGGCCACAGACUACAAAAAUAAAGAAAGUAGAAAUAAAAUUGUGUGGCUACAAUUUAAACUAUAAAUAUAGCAAAUUAAAUAAAAAUAUUGCACCUAUAUAUCCUACUGUAGACAAAAAAGCUGGUGUGAUAUAUCAUUUACCAUUUAUAGAAGACAUUGUAAUAUAUAAUAAAGAAUGUUUUUAUGCUUCAAACAACGAUAAUGCCAAUACCCAUGCCCAAUCUAUCCCCUUUGACUUUAUAAUUAGUUCUGAAAAAUAUUUACAAAGUUUGAAAUGCAAAUAUUGUUUAAUAGAUUACAGAGUAGAAUGUAUCAUAUAUUUACAGAAUAAACAUGAACAAAACAGCCAAAUAUUUUUAAGCGACUCCAUUGAAAUCAUUAAAUGCUUAGAACCAGGUAGUAUAUACAAAAAUGAUUUGGUGGAGAGUGGUGGUAAAUGGUGCAAUGGAACAAUAAAUUAUAACUUUUAUUUAUCUAGCAAAUUGUUAACAUUAAACAAACCCUUUCAAAUACAAUAUGUUUUGACCGGUAUUUCUAGUCCUUCUGUUGAUUUCCCGGAAAAAAUAAAAUAUCUAAGUUUUAUUAAGAUCCAAUUGAUACAAAAAACUUAUUUACCAAUGGAUGACGCUUGUAGUAUUCAUGACGAAACCAUCAAUAAAGGAAAUUAUAAGGAUUGUUUACCGCACAAACAGCAGAAGCAUUGUAAUGUCAAGAUCUUUACUUUACUAGACGAUAAAAGACAUAAUUUUUAUAACAGCAAUCUAUUAUCACGAAAUGAAAAUAAUGCUGUGACAUUGAAUUAUGACAAUUUACUCGUUAAUGAAUUUUACCAAGGUAUUAAAUUAUCAACCAGCUACUUAGAAUCAAAGCACAUAUAUAAUUUUAAAAUAGAACAUGAAUUGAAAAUAACUAUUGGGAUUAUUACCGAAGCUUUGGAUGAUAAAGCUAGUUUUUGCAUCAACACAAUUAAUAGCAAUAGUAUUUUUAAAAAUAUAACAAAAGUUUUGCAAAUGUAUAGCAGUAAUUCUAUAGGAGCUAGUGGUCUUGCUUUAUGUGUUAAUAAUGGCAAUAAUAACAGAAAUAAUGGCAAUAAUAAUAGAAAUAAUGGCAAUAGCAAUUUCGUAACUAAAUGUUCUAUUUCUAUUCCAGUUGUUUUAAUUACCGACCAAAUGGCAAGUAGUUUAACGUUACCAAAAUACAGAUAA